AUGCGUCUCACAAACCUCUCUCUGUUUACCGGCCUCGCCGCCAGCGCCUCUUUCGAGACCACCCUCGCCGCGGCCGACUUCAGCGAAGAAUCCCCGGUUCCGUUGGAAAAUGCUAACCAUGUCUUCAACGCCCUCCAUUCAUCUAUGCGCCAAUGGGGCUCUUCCUUGAGCCACAACGGCAUGUCCUUCUUCCUCGCAUCUGUGCCCGAAGGAGUUCAGUUCUACCAUGGCAGGUCCAGCAACGAGUCUGUCAAGGGCAUGGAAUGGCUGGCAUUUGAGCCCGAGCAUGCUUUGGUCUUUGCCAGACCUCACGGCCCGCCGCAUCGAGGUGGUCCGGGCCGAGGCCCUCCCGGACAAGGCCCUCCCGGACAGGGCCCUCCCGGACAGGGUCCUCCGCCACCAGUUCCGGCCGGAGAAACGACCCCGGAGCACAAGGGACAUCAUGGGUGGGGAAAGCCGCCACACGGCGAAGCAUACCACCCGGACUGGCAGCGUCCCGGUUGGGAGAAGCAUCACGGAGCCGACCGCCAAGCACCAAUGGAAAAGAGGGACCCCAAGGCCAAAGACGACAGUGCUGGAGGUUAUCUGCAUACCUACCGUACCAAGCACAACCUAUCCCUCCUGUACAUUGACGGCAUGUCUGCCGGCAAGACGCAGAAAGGAACCUUGGACUCCACCGAUGCCAUCUUGCUCGGAGUGGACAUAGAAGAGCACAACCGGCACAUGUGGGACUUUGACCGUGGUCAAGCGCUCUGCAACUUGACCCGUGAUGAAUGGGGCAACCGCAUCGACGGUUUUCUACGCAUGGAGAUGGGCUUCGAGAUCAUACUUUGCGACUUCGAGAAGCAUCUUGACGUGGAUCGCGUCACCCAGACAGCUGGCCGGAAUUCCAAUGACCGGGGUCGGCCCAGAGGCGGAUUCGGCGACCUGACCUACUACCGCGCCGUGGCGUCUCGAUUCGACGGCAUCGGAGGUAACCGUGUGUCUGUCAACUACGAGGACUUCGUCACGGCCUUCAUUUACGAUAUUGACCUCUUCAAUGGCGACGUUCUUCCGCGCCUCACCAAUGUCUCCAACGAGACCCUAAGUCUGAUUCACAACGAUGUGACACAGCUUGUCAUGUCCCGUCCCUCUCCAGCUUAUGGCAAGAUCCAGCCGACUACGAACUGGCAGGCUGUAGCAGAUUUGGUUGUUGAACGUUAUUCCGACCGAGUCCAGUAUCUCGCCACGUUUUCCGAUUUGGAGACGCUGCAGGGGGAAGCUGAGCAAGCUCUCAAGCCGUUCAUUGACUAUGCAGCUCGCGACAGCGAUGCGGAAAUCGAGCGCUGCGCAGCGCAGUACCUACCGGUCUCCUCGCUCGAGUCUCUUCACACUGCUCCAGUUGCUGCCCAGGCGAUCCAUGCGGUGACAUCCUCCAUCUGCAGCACGCUUGUCUCCGUAUCCAACGCCACUGAUGCGGAUGGCGCCAAGUCUGCUGUGCAGGACCUGAUGUCGUAUCUCCAGUGGACCACGUGGAAGCGAUGCCGUGGUUGCAGCGCCGAGGAGGUUUGCUUCAUCCCGAUUUGGCCCGCUGGCCGCAAGCAGGACUACGAGAACCCUCAGUGCCAGAGCAGCCUCCCGAGCUCGCAUGAUCCCGAGGACUCUUACUGGGGUGGUUGGGGGCCAGGACCCAGGCCCCCUAAGGAUGGAGAGGGCAUGAUCCAGCAGGAGAAGUAUCCGGGACCGCCGCCAUUUGGACCCUACCCGCCGCCGCCCUAUGGUCACUACCCGCCGCCUCACAACGAUGAUGUUCCGCCGCCGCCGCCUCACGGUGACCGUCCUCCUCCGCCUCAUGGCGACCGUCCUCCUCCGCCUCAUGGCGACCGUCCUCCGCCUCAUGGCGACCGCCCCCCAAUGCCUCAUGGCGACCGCCCCCCUCGCCCUCCCCAUGGUGACCAUCUUCCUCCUCCCCCUCCUCAUGGCGACCACCUCCCUCCUCAGACCCACGGCGACCGUCCUCCGAUGCCUCAUGGCAAUCCUCCUCCUCCCCACAGCGAUCGUCCCCUUCCCCCACCUAAUGGCGACCGCCCACCUCCUCCGCCUCAUGGCGAUCGUCUCCCACCUCCUCCACCCCAUGGCGACCGUCUUCCACCGCCCCCUGGAGACCAUUCCCCGCCUCCUCACCGCGAGCAUCACGGUCCGUGGUGGUGA